UGGCGCCGCCCGCGGGCCUGGGUGUUAGAGCCGAGGGCGCCCGGGGACCGGCGGGCGGAGCGCAGCGGGGCGCCGCCGGCCCCGGGGCGCAGCAGGCAUGGUGUCCCAGGCGCUGCAGCUGCUCCGGCAGGGCGUGUGGGCCGCGCUCACCGGCGGCUGGUACCACGACCCGGAGCAGAGCAAGUUCACCAACAGCUGCCACCUCUACCUGUGGCUGUUCCUGCUGCUGCUGCCCCUGGCCUUGCACCUGGCUUUUCCUCCAAAUGCCAUCACUGUAUUUUUUUACUGCAGUUCAGUGACUAUAUUCUUCACAAUCAUCAAAUUGGUCAGCUAUCGCCUACACCUCAUGUUUGAUAAAGGAGAAGUAAUUCAGCAGAGGCCCUCCAAAAAGAAAGAAAAUCCAAGUAAAGACAAAGAGGCCAACAAGGAACACGUGACUAAUCACAAAAAUCAAAGCAGCACCAGGCAGAUUAACAAUGGCAAAAGGGAAGAGCCUCACCAGAACCUCUCCACGCCUCCCCUCCGCUGCAGCUCCAGAGGGCAGAGCAUAAACUCUCAGCACUCAUCUGGGCCACUGGAGUUGCCGGCACAGGAAACAGUGGAAGAUCUCAAAGGUGUCAUUCUCUCAGAAGACCAACCUGUAGCACCUGUGUUAUCUACCUCACCUGGUGUCAGAACAGGAAGUAAAGUGUGCGCGCCGGAAACCACGACCACGCCAGCGAUCCCCAGGAAACCAGCUGUGGCAGGAAGUCCAGCCAGCGACGAAGGGAAAGAGAGGGGAGGCAGGCGGCAGCCCCCGCUCCGCCACAGGUCCGAGGGCGGCUUAGUGGAGAAAGAAGCCUCGAAGAAGUUGCCACACCUGUCUCUGUCUCAGUACGACUUACUAGAAACCGAUGUCUCUUUCCAGCCUUGGGGGAGUGAGAAUUCAGUCCUGAGUCCCGAACCGGCGAAUUACGCCUCGGGCUCCUUAAGGGACCGGUGGCAAAGGGAGUCCCCUCCAGACAGCCUGAGCAGUAGCUGCCCUCAGUGCAACACUGUAAUCGCCAGACCUGCACGUGCGUCACCGGAUGCCUCCCGGCAGGCGGACCCGCCCUUGAAGCAGGAAGUGGACUACUCGGAUAGCGAGGUAGCUGUCACUCUCAUUGACACUUCUCAACCUGGAGACCCACUGAGUCUGCAUGAACCCAUUAAAAUUGUCAUCACCAUGAGCAGUACUCCGAACUCCAUGACAGACUUGGAAAGUUCGCUCCACCUAAAGGUGAUUGGCACUGAGAGAGCUGGCUUCACGUCUGACGCUGAGCCGGCUGCCCCGGGGGUGGCCAGUCCUCCCAACACGGAGCAGAUAAGAAUUCCUGUCAUCACACUGGAGCUCUCUGAGGAUGGGGCAGGAGGCGCCGUGUGUCCCGAAGGCAGUGGAGGUGACAGGAGUCCCGAGAGAUUGAUGGUGGAGGCAUCAUCCAAUCAGUGUUCUGGCUACGAAUCUGGGGAAGGAGGAAAUGCCACAAAGGAUGGCAGUCCUUCCCCCACAGGAGACCGCUGUGAAGCAACCCCCCCAUUCACACCUCACGCGGCCCCUGAGUCUGAGGGCGGAAAGGAAGGCCAGGCUAACCUUGACCCAUCAUCUUGUAAAACCAGCCAUGAAAAGAGACACGCCCGGGUUCUCAGCGUGGACAGUGGUACAGAUGUCUUCUUGAGCAAAAGUUCCGCAGAAAUUAUUAGCGAUAAAGAAAAAACAAUACCAACUUCCAAAUCUGACCUGGAGGCUAAGGAAGGACAAAUACCAAAUGAAUCCAACUUCCUCGAAUUUGUCUCCCUAUUAGAGUCAAUCAAUACUUCCAAGCUGUCGGCGUCCAACCAAAGGAAUGGCUCAGUGGAGCAGAACAAAGACAGUGGGCUUCUCGGAGAUACCUGCUCCCAGGAGAAAAGGGAGGAAAUCCAGGAACGUGAAAAGCCUAAUGGACACAGUUCCAAACAAGGAAAACCAGACGUGCAAAGUCAAGACCACACUAGCACCAGCCCUGUGUUCACCGAGCCUGCCAAGAUCACGACCCUUUUCCAGGGCAAUAGACAAAGACAGAUAAUCUACAGGGUAACUUCCCAGCAAGACAGCUCCGUCUUGCAAGUCAUCAGUGGGCCUGAAACAUCUGUGCAAGAUGAGAUGUCUGUGGACGCUAUGCAUGUCUUCAUCGAUGAACACGGGGAAAUUAGAUCCUGUUAUUUAAAGUCUGGAAAUCAGAAAGAAGGCCCUUUACAGCAUCAGCCAUCAAAUUAUGACAGUUUCUCUCGUGCUCGAGACAUACAGAUCAGCUCCUCCAGUACCACGACUUCUGAGAGUCAGGACCCUUCUUCCGGGGACCCUGCGGUCAGUGCGCUUCAACAACAGCUGUUGCUAAUGGUGGCUCGGAGGACCCAAUCGGAAACCCCGCGGCAUCUGAGUCAGGAUCUGGAAGACUCGUCAUGUUCUUCAACACAAGGAAAAUUUAACCGAGAGCAGUUUUACAAGUUUAUCAUUUUCCCUGGCAAGUGGAUUAAAGUCUGGUAUGAUCGACUUACCUUGUUGGCGUUACUUGAUCGAACUGAAGAUGUCAAGGAAAAUGUGCUGGCAGUUUUACUCAUUGUCCUGGUUUCCCUACUCGGAUUUCUGACCUUGAACCAAGGCUUUUGCAAAGACAUGUGGGUGCUCCUCUUCUGCCUUGUCAUGGCCAGCUGCCAGUAUUCCCUGUUAAAGGCAAGACCACAUCUAAUUCUUACCAUCACUAAUGUAUCCUUGAAAUCAUGAGAUGAUGACACAGACACUUCUGAUUUGUGUUCUAGAGCGUUCAGCCCGACCCCGCCUCGCCAAUACACGGACACAACCAAAUCAUAACAUAUAGCAGACCAAUCUAUUUUUGUGUGCUGUGUGGCCUUAUUUUGCUUCUUGACACAGGGGCCAAAGCCCGGCACCCUCCCACUUACGUUGUCUAUGGCCUGAAGCUCUUCUCUCCAAGGUCCCUCCAAUCAGCUAGGGACCUGUUAAUAGUAUUUUUAUAUUGCUUCCCUGCGAUUUCCCUCCUUGGGCUCUUCCCGCAGAUCGACACUUUCUGCGUUUACCUUCUGGAACAGAUUGACAUGCUGUUUUUUGGAG